UCAAAAAAAGAACUUUUAGAAAUUAUUAGAAUAUCAAAUGAAUUCUAUGAUUUAAAUGACAUUGAAAUUAACGGGAAGAAAUCUGAACUUCUUGUAUUAAAUUAUAAGCAAACUAGAAGCAACAGUAAUGCUGAUUUUGCAAUAAGAGUUGGCAAGAGCGGUGAUCUUGUUUAUGCAAAAAGAG